UCUUUGGAGUGUCUACAUAUUAAAUACAAACUACAUAUCAUUAUGAUAUAACUGUAUAGAUGCCCAUCCUAUAUACCUGCAAUGUGCACACACGAAGCCACCGACGAUAUGGUAUAGGCAGAUCGUCAAACACACCGUCAUAAAGAUAACGCUCUAACGUGGUAAAGCUCUCAUCCGCCGCGUUCAACACGUCGUACAAUCGACUGCAGUGGCAACUAACUGCCAUCAGUGGCAAUAUAUCUAUCGCGUAGGCGUGUGCAAUUCGUCACACAACUAGUACAGACCGCGGACGACGAUUAAAUUGUUUAAUAUAGGCUCUGAACGGAAUUCGCGAUGGUCAACAUAGCAAGCGUAGGGACGGUGGUCAUCAAAGUCGUAAAAUUGGUGUUGAACAUAAUCAUUUUGGUUCUAUAUCGAACCGGAUAUCGCGGAGGGUUUUUGGGAGUCGGCGGCACGUGGAAUUUAAACGAAGAAAAAAAUCCAGAUGCGGAAAUCGUCGCUUCUGGCAUUUUUGUCGGUUUUUUCAUAUACACCGUCGUGAUACUGAUAUCGUAUGGGUUCGGGUCCAACCACCAGAAGAAAACACUUGUGGAUAUCAUAAUGAAUUUCGUCGGAAUGUUCAUGUUUAUCGCCGUAGGUGGUAUAGCGCUCCAUUAUUGGAUUGGUUAUCAGAACGAAAACAAAUACAUCAGCGUGUCUUCUGAACGUGCUAUAGGGAUCACGGUAGGCGUGUUGUGCGUUCUUUCCGGUGCCAUUUAUCUAGUGGACACUGUACUGUCGUUUAUACAUUUUGCGAGAGAAAUGGAGUUUGAUUAAGAACGACUGCGACAAAUUUAAGUUAAUUAAAAUAUAGCUAAUUUACAAAUAAGUUUGACGAUUUUGCUCUUCGAGUGGCACAAUUAAUAAAACACAUAUAUGAAUGUGUAUUUGUAUAUUCUCUGGAAAUCUGUCGGUAUAAAUAUGUAUAAUAAUAUUCGAAAGGAUACCGUGAAAUAUAAACACGAGAAAAUGGUCUACACGAGUGUGUGUAAUUCAUCAUAGUGCUUUAAAAUCGUUUGAACAUAAAUAAUAAUAUUGUUAAUAAUUACUUAAC